AGGUAGUUCAGGGAGGAGGAAUCCUCCUUUCCCAAUGUGGCUGGCACAAAAAGCAGCACAUCAGUCUGCAGAGCCUCUUAGCAGACUAUUGACUUAGCCAGGCAUAACCAGUACCUGUGAAACAGGGAUGGCAGAAUCUUGCACUGCUGCUUCAAGCUUUGCAUGCAAAGUUGUUUGCUCUGGGGCUGGAGUGUACCUCACCUGUUGAACUGGCCUUCACACAUGACUCAGGAGCAGCAUGAAUCACAGCUUGUAGCAUACCCAGAGCAGAGCACAGGGAACCUUGUAUUGCCACGGUGCUUGGAGGAGAUGUCUUCGGAUGACAGGGCUUAAAGAAGAAAUGUAGCUUCCUCCCUGCUGGGAACUGCAUGUUUCUGACAUCUCCACACUGAAGAAAUACUGUGAAGGCGUGAUCCAUCCCACCUGCAUAGACAAAUAUGAAGUUCUUCUGGAUAAUCCCAUUUUUCCUGCUGCAAGCUGAGGCAGAGCACAGGCACCACCCAACAACUCUGGCCAGCACACACGUGGAUGAGCACACAGCAGGCAACCUUACCCUCCCACUGGGCUUGGAACAGGAGCAGCUGGAAGAGCUGCUCUGGUUCUUCCGCAGAGAAGACCCCUCAACAUGGAAUUACUCCGUUCUUGCGCUUUCCCUCGCAACCAUGAUUUUGGGUCUUGUUCUUCUGACCAUUAACAUUGUGCGAAACAGGAAAAGGAAGAUCCUCAUGAAGGGAGGAGGAGCACAAAGCACACAGGAGGCUGACCUGGAUGCCAAGCAAGCCCUGAUGCCUGUGCAGGAAUGCAUCCCGGCCCAGCCACUAAAGGAGGAGCCAGGGCCCCAGGGCCAGAGGCCAGGGGACGUGGUGGUCCAGUGGAAGGACGGGACUGUCACAUCUCUGUACACAGAGAUGUCUGAGGAGGCCAUAUAGUGGCAGCUGAAGUCAGCUCAUUUAGGCCUUAAAGAAGGUAUUGGAAUGUCUCACUCAUAGGGGUGCAAGUUUAAAAAUGCGGUUUAGCCUAGGGAAAGAAAAGGGUGAAACAAUAAAGCAGCAGAGUUGCACCUGCAGGAGAGGUCCUGGGCUCAGCUCCUGCCCCCCUGCUCUCAGCUGCUUCCAGCCUUCCCUUCAGGGCCAGUUUCGUCUCCUUCCUCAGGUGCUGCAAAUAGGUGGGAGCUGAGCCAGGGAAGGAAGUGAGAAGCUUGGCCUGCAGUCAGCCAGGGAAAGCACCUUCACUUCCUAUCAGGAAAAUAGCAACGCUGAAGCUGAGGCAUUUUUAUUGUUUUUAGAAUCCUCUUUAUUAAAAUACUUUCCAAAGUGGUUGAUCAAAAUGCCAUAUUGAAUCUCUCUGUCAGUAAGGUCAUAUAUAUAUAUAUAUAUAUAUUUAUAUGGUUGUAUGUACAAAUAUACAUGGAUAUUUUAUUCUGCAAAGGAACUGCAACUCCAAGGAGAAGCAGAACAUUCAACCUGAUAGAGCACCUGACACCAAACACCCAGUCCUUGGCCCUGGCUUGGCCAGGUAGAGCCUGGUCUGCUCCAGGAUUCCCUUUUGUCCUUCACUAGGUAUACAUAAAAGCCAUCAAAUAAUUUAGGACAUGGUUGGAAAUGCAUCAGUCUUUUAAACAAAGGCUUUUCAGACCAUGUCCUUGUCAGCAAAGUGUCUCCUUGCAAAGCAUUUGGAAAGGGAUGCUAUAGUGUAAAAAGUUGAUUUAAAAAGCAGCAAUUUUGGUGUGACUUAGCUUGAUGUGUGGGUAUCAGUUUCAGGCCACCUGAGGUCUUUAAGAAGCUGAAACAGUAUCUGUGCCUUUUUUAUCU